AUGUCGCCCGCCUGCUCCCUCCUCUCACCGCACGCCCCCCGGCGCAUCCUCCCGCUCCUCCUCCCCCUCCGCCUCUCCUCCUCCGCCGUUUCCGCGCCCGCGCUCGCAAUGCCUCGACGCGACGGCACCGACGUCUCCUACUCGUCCUCUUCCUCCGCCGCGGCCGAGAUUGCCGAGCCCGUCCGGAAGAUGACCCUCGCCUCGCAGGCGCCACCGGCGGGGGCGGGGCCCGGAUCCGAGCCCAGGCCGGCGCAGCUGUGGGUGCCCAGGGGCUACACAACCUCCGCCGGGGACGGCCCUGGGGUCGCUUCAGCGUCCACCUCGACUUCCGCGAGGGUGACAGAGGAGCGGGACGGUGUUUCGACUGAGAAGCUCUCGAGACUCUUCAAGUCUGCCCCGGGCUUUGAGGUGGACAACAGCACCUUCACCGAGGCCCAAAUUAGGGCCACAUUCUACCCCAAGUUCGAAAAUGAAAAAUCCGAUCAGGAGACAAGGACCAGAAUGAUUGAGAUGGUGUCUCAUGGGCUAGCAAACUUGGAGGUUACACUCAAGCAUUCUGGUUCCCUCUUCAUGUAUGCCGGUCACCAUGGUGGUGCAUAUGCAAAGAACAGCUUCGGGAAUGUUUAUACUGCAGUGGGCGUUUUUGUUCUGGGGCGUUUGUUUCGUGAAGCUUGGGGAAAGGAGGCUCCUAAAAUGCAAGCAGAAUUCAAUGAUUUUCUUGAGAAAAACCGUGUUAGCAUUUCAAUGGAACUUGUGACAGCUGUGUUAGGAGAUCAUGGGCAAAGGCCCAAGGAUGAUUAUGCUGUGGUUACAUCUGUGACUGAGUUGGGCAAUGGCAAGCCAAAAUUCUAUUCUACUCCAGACGUGAUUGCAUUUUGUCGGAAGUGGCGCUUACCUACCAACCAUGUGUGGUUAUUUUCAACAAGGAAAUCUGCCACCUCAUUUUUUGCUGCUUAUGAUGCAAUAUGUGAAGAAGGAACUGCAACGCCUGUUUGCAAAGCCCUUGAUGAAAUAGCUGAUAUAGCUGUACCAGGGUCAAAAGAUCAUGUAGAAGUGCAGGGCGAGAUCCUUGAAGGUCUGGUUGCUCGUAUUGUGCCUCGUCAAAGUUCAGGGCAAAUGGAAGAAGUUUUGAAAAACUUUCCUCAGGCUCCAUUAGAUGGCGGAGACUCAGAUUUAGGACCAAGUUUACGAGAAAUUUGUGCUGCUAAUAGGUCAGAUGAAAAGCAGCAAAUCAAGUCACUGCUUGAAAAUGUUGGAGCUUCAAUGUGUCCAGAUCAUUCGGAUUGGUUUGGAAAUGGUGGACUUGAUGCUCAGUCGCGAAAUGCUGAUAAAUCAGUUGUCACGAAAUUUUUGCAAGCACAUCCUGCAGACUAUGCAACUAAGAAACUGCAGGAGAUGAUUCGCUUGAUGAAACAGAGGCACUUCUCAGCAGCUUUCAAAUGCUACUGGAACUACCACAAGAUUGAUUCUCUUUCAAAUGACAACUUGUACUACAAAAUGGUUAUCCAUGUGCACAAUGAUUCUGUUUUUAGACGAUACCAGCAAGAGAUGAGGAGAAACCAAGGGCUGUGGCCUCUAUAUAGAGGUUUCUUUGUUGAUGUGAAUUUGUUCAAGGCGAACAAUAAGAAGGCAGCUGAAUUAGCCAAAGAUGGUGACGCUUUACUGAAAAAUAUCAAUGGUGCCUUGGAUUCAAAUUCUUCAGCUGUGGAUGGUCUGGCUGAUGAGGAUUCAAAUCUAAUGGUUAAACUAAAAUUCUUGACAUAUAAGUUGCGAACAUUUUUAAUUCGUAAUGGAUUGUCUACCCUUUUCAAAGAUGGACCAACUGCUUAUAGAGCUUAUUACCUAAGGCAAAUGAAGAACUGGGGAACAUCAGCAAACAAACAGAGAGAGCUUAGCAAAAUGUUGGAUGAAUGGGCUGUCUACUUUAGAAGGAAGUAUGGGAAUAAGCCACUCUCAUCCUCAACGUACCUUAGUGAAGCAGAGCCUUUCCUUGAACAAUACGCCAAACGCAGCCCUGCAAACCAGGCUCUGAUUGGUGCUGCUGGUAACCUUGUUCAAACCGAAAACUUCUUGGCCGUUCUUGAUGCAGAGAGAGAUGAAGAGGGUGAUCUCUGGGCAGAUCAUGGGGCAGCACCUUCCAGUCCUGUGUCAACAUCUGUUGACGUGGUUCCCAAAACAGAGGGCCUUAUAGUUUUCUUUCCAGGUAUACCUGGUUGUGCAAAGUCUGCUCUGUGUAAGGAAAUAUUAAACACGCCUGGUGGCCUUGGAGAUGAUCGCCCUCUUCAUAACUUGAUGGGGGAUCUUAUUAAAGGAAGAUACUGGCAAAAGGUCGCUGAUGAAAGAAGAAAGAAACCAGCUAGAAUAACCCUUGCUGACAAAAAUGCACCAAAUGAGGAAGUUUGGAAGCAGAUUGAGGAUAUGUGUGGGUCCACAAAAGCAGCUGCUGUCCCUGUGGUUCCUGACUCAGAAGGCACAGAUUCAAAUCCAUUUUCUCUUGACGCUCUUGCUGUUUUCAUGUUUCGCGUCCUCCAGCGGGUCAAUCAUCCAGGAAAUCUGGACAAGGCCUCACCUAAUGCAGGCUAUGUUUUGCUAAUGUUUUACCACUUGUAUGAUGGGAAGAGUCGAAGAGAAUUUGAAAACGAACUGUAUGAACGUUUUGGCUCCCUUGUUAAGAUGCCUCUCCUGAAGCCAGAUAGAGCUCCAUUGCCUGGUGCUGUGAAAGCCAUCUUAGAUGAGGGGAUUAGCUUGUUCAGGAUGCAUCAGAGUAGGCAUGGAAGAGCAGAGCCAUCAAAAGGUUCAUACGCUAAAGAAUGGGCACAGUGGGAACAAAGGUUACGUGUGACCUUGUUUGGGAAUGCUGAUCAUCUUAACUCAAUUCAGGUUCCUUUUGACUAUGCUGUGAAAGAAGUACUGGAACAGUUAAAAACUAUUGCAAAAGGUGAUCUCAAAACACCUGAUACUGGGAAGCGGAAGUUUGGCAAUAUCAUGUUUGCUGCUGUUCGAUUAACCCCACCUGAUAUAUUGGGCCUUCUCCACAAGGUGGUAGAGAAGGACACAGCUGUCAACAGUUUCCUCAACAAGAUAAGACUGGAGGACAACCUAAAGAAGGCUCACGUCACCCUUGCCCACAAACAAGGCCAUGGUGUGGCUGCUGUCGCAAGCUAUGGCAUCCACCAGCACCAGGAAGUCCCUGUCUCAUUCAGCGCAUUGUACUACACUGACAAGAUGGCCGCUCUCGAGGCACAGCUCGGAGCAGUAAACGAUGAGCAGAUCAAUUCCAGGAACGAGUGGCCACAUGCUACCCUGUGGACAGCUCCAGGUGUUGCGGCAAAGGAGGCAAACGUGCUGCCGCAGCUGGCUUCAGAAGGAAAAGCAGAACGGGUGCCGAUUGAUCCUCCCAUCACCAUAUCGGGGGUGGUGGACUUCUACUGA